ACACGCCCCUCGCGUCCCUUUUGAUUCUUUUACCCACAGCACCGCUUCUUUUCUCCUUCCUUUUCUCAUUCGCUCCACUUCCUUCCCUCUCCUCUUGUCAUUACCGUCUCCACCCCCUUCAUUCUCAUUCCCUUGAACAUCUGUUGCCCUUUUGUCAUUUGCACUUUUUUCUCAUUCCUUCCUGUACAUACAACUUAUUUUUUCAUACCUCGCCUCACUCUUCAACAAGUAACACAUAGACAUGAGGACGACAGUUUUCCUAAUCCCGGUUGUAUUCCUCUCGACAGCACUAGCCUGGGGAAGGGAUGCAUACUCAAAGCCCUCGCCCGACAUUCUGCCACCAGCACUGAACCGUCGCCAUGACUACAAGCAGUCUCUGAAAAAGCCCUUCAUGUACAAUGGUGCCAUUCCCUUCUGGUCCCACCAUGGCAACUCGUUUGUGGCCCAAGACUUUAUCCGUCUGGCGCCUUCGGUGCCAGGUCUGAAGGGCGCGGUGUGGCGGUUGAGUGCGAACGAGUACAAGGAGUGGGAGGUUGAUAUGUCCUUCAAGAUCUAUGGACAGAGCCAUCUCGGCGGCAAGGGUCUCGCGUUCUGGUACACGCAGGAGCACGCGGUCGAGGGACCCAUCUUUGGAAGCAAGGACCAGUGGAAGGGUCUGGGAGUCUUUCUGGACACAAGUGAUCCAGCCAAUCAGAGAAUGAACUCGGUCAUUUAUGGGAUCAUGAACGACGGGUCAAAAAAGUUCCCCGCGAACCCGACGGCAAACCAGAUGAGCUUUGGGGGAUGUAUUCGUGAUUACAAAAAUACACCCUCGCCAGUCGUGCUGAGGAUCUCGUAUAUUGGACGGACCCUACGUGUCUCGGUCGAUACGCAUUACAAGGGCAAGAAGUUCGUCACUUGCUUUGAACAGAAGGACCUGGAUCUGCCUACGGGUUAUUACUUUGGUGUUUCGGCUGAGGCGGCUGAGAUUGGUACUCCAGAUGACCACGAUCUGUUGUCGCUCGAGGUUCAUGAAGUCAACCCUUCUCCCAAGGAAAAGGCACCAUUGAGACCUCAUGAAGAAGAGAUGAUCAGGAAGGGCGAAGAAGUCAAGGUGGGAGUAGAGGACAAGGAAGUCUUUGAGGAGGUGCAAAAGAUUGUAGAGGAGCAGGAAGCCAAGCUUAAGGAAGAGACCGAUGGUCCCACCACCCUCUCUGCUUCCCAAUUGGCAGCAACAGUGUCAGAUACGCAGUACAGGAUCAUCGAAUCGCUCAACACCAUCCACAACAAACUCGAGUCCCUCGGCGCACCCGUGCAACCCCCAGAGUCGACCUCCAGAUCCCUGGAAGAGAUCAGUGUGAAGAUCAACUCCAUGGCUGCGUCCUUGCAUGCCAUGGAGAAAGUGGUCCAGGGAUUAGUGGGACACAUCGUACAGCAGGGUGGGGUCGCGAAUGAACAGGAUAUCAGCAAGGUAUUGAAGGAGGAGCUGCAUAGUCUGAAUGCCAAGAUGGAGGAUAUGGACACGAGGCAGUCGUUCCAGCAUCGGCUGACGCAGAAUCGGUUGGUGAACUCUACGAGUUGGGUUUCUUAUGUGGUAUUUUUGAUUUUGGUGCAGAUUGUGGGCGUCUCGGCUUAUACAUGGUACAGGAAGCGGGUUGAGAUUAAUGAGAAAAAGUUCUUGUAAAGAGCUAAAGGAUGGGGAAGUGAUGAUGGUGAAGGGCAAAGACAGGAAGACGAGAGAAAUGGGAGGCGUCUGUUUUCGCCUAUUGUCUAUAGUUUUAUAUUGUCUAAAAGAUAAAUGCAUGCACGCGAAAACA